CGCAACCAGUCCGACGGGAGGGAUGUGCGCACCGUCGCAUUCAAACACUUCCGAACGUGCGCGUUCGUAACAAAAUGACAAUAGUGCUUUAGUUUUUUUUUACUUGAAACAAAACUGUGUCUUAUAAAGUGCCAAUAAAAGUUGCCUUCAAGUGUUUUCAACCAAUGAAAAGGAUUGUUUUAUUGAAGUUUUAAUUGGAUUUGACUUAAGGAUAUAGAGAUGUCGAGUUUCACGACUACUGGAGAUGCUACGCAGGCUGCUGCUAAAGAUCGCAUAUUAGAGCGAGAUGCCGGCUUCGUGUCAGGAGGCGAUGAUGACGACUCCUGCUCGGGACCAGCGCACUCUGAUGACUCGGGGGUCCGGCUGGUGGAGACCGACUCGCGGGGCAAACGACCUCGCACGCCCACCCGUUUACAACCACCUAAGAAACGUAUCCGAUUGAAUUCGAGAGAAGACCUACCGAGCCCAGAAAGCGAUACAUCGGCCAGUCCAUUCAGACCCUGGUCCUUCACCGAGGAACCACAAAGAGAACCCUUAUCUUUAGUCAAGAAAGAGACUAGUCUAUUGAGACAGCGUCGGAGGCCGCUAGAACCGCCUCCACCCCCAAUUCCACCACCACCGGGCCCACCAAGAGUUCCUCCACACCCAGGCGUCGUAGAGCCUUACCAAGACAAAGCAAAGCCUAGGGAACAGAGGAAUUACAAAAACAUGACCAGGGAGAGAAGGAUAGAAGCAAACGCGAGAGAACGGACAAGAGUCCAUACCAUAAGUGCCGCUUUCGACACGUUAAGGCGAUCAGUUCCUGCAUACAGUCACAACCAGAAACUAUCAAAGUUAUCGGUGUUACGGAUAGCGUGCGCAUACAUUGCAGCGCUGUCUGCGGCGAUAGACCCCGAAGCUGACCUAUCGUCAGCAGUGGAUCAAGUGACGCAUACAAUACACACCGAAGGGAAAUUGAGAAAGAAGAAGGAUGAUGCGUGAAGCGUUAUGGACUGAAGUGGCCGAAUUAAUUUUCUGUACAAUCGUAAUCGGUUUUUGGAAUUUUCGCCGAACUUGAUCUGUCGUCGAAGGUGAUGAAGACAAGUGACAAUAACUUACGAAUAGUUUUCCUAGUGUGUUGAUACUUUAAUAGAUGUCAUUCGUAAUGUGAAAGCCAGAAGCCGAUUAUGGAUACCGCGUUUCAAUUAAAACCGUCCUAAGAAGCCUCUCUUUGCGCUAUAAGUUAGUACAAAAACGACAAUAAUAUUGGUAAUGGAAAAUUUAUUGUAUUAACUAUGUAUGUAGGUAUUUAUAUUGGAAUGUUUUAAAAGACAUGUUUGUCGUAUUCUUACGGGAAUAGGAAAUACAUGCAGUAACUGGAAGUAUAAGCCAUUUAUAAGCAGAUGGUUAGAAUUCUUCUGUCUGCAUUGGAAAGAUUACCUGGAUCUACAAACAUUCUUUAUUGUGAAUCUCAAGCCUAGAAUAGGUAUCAAUUCGACCUAAUAAUAAAUUUUAGUUCGUAUUUCUGUUACAAUCAAAAUCAUUUUUAUUAUGCAAAAUCAUUAAUAAUAUGUUCAUGUCAACAUGAAUGGCGCCACUGUAGAAUUUUUCUAUUCGAUGUUACAGGUGUGUACCUAUACCAAUUAGAUUUAAUUUCAUUAUACAAUCGGCCCAGUACAAAUUGUUAUGUUCCUAUUUCAUCUCCGUUCAUCUUUAACAGAUCUCGGGUUUAAACGAUUCCUACUAAUUAAUAAAUAAAUUAAUAUUAAACACAGUACUGGCAUUAUGAUGUAAGGUCAUGUUCCGAAUACAUAGUAACGAAAAAAAAAACAUCUCAUAGACAAGUAGUUUGACACAUCCAUUUUUUUUAAAGUUUACCAUUCCUCAGUCCAGUAUUAAAAAUAAGGAAAAAAAUAUCUAAAGUAAAAUCAAUUUGUGCAAAAUUAUGUAUUUAUGGCUUUAAACGAUAUAUUUAUUACAAUCGAGUCAGUAAUUUAAGUGAGAACUGUAUAGUUUUAUUUAGUUUAAGGAGAAAUGUUGCAUUUUGUAAAUAUUAGUUCUUAAAAUGUAAAUACUUAGAUAUUUAGUGAGGGUCACUGUUUUGUUUGGUUCUCUUGGAAGUUCUUCAAGGCCUUCUUUUUUAAUUGCGUUACAAUUUUGCAUUCUACAGAUAAUAUUAUGAGAGUAAUAUUAUUUGUUUUGGCAUUUUCAUUCAACCUCUUUUUUCAGUGGUUUAUUAUGGAACAUUUGUUUUUGUUGUUUAUGGGAAUUAAAAUGCCUUGAUACUGUAUUGUGAUAUAAUUAUUGUAAAUAAUAAAAUAGUUCUAAGAUAAUACAUCACAUUCUGUUAAGUCUGACGUGGGAAUAUACAUUGACAUUGACAGUUCUGAACGCUGUCAAAACUACCAGAAACAUUACAUUUUUGUAAUCUUUCAUUUUAUUUUAAUCCAUUGAGGGCUUUUUUUAUUCGUGAAUAAUAUUCCAAAAUCAAUUAUAACCUCUUUGGGUUGUGAACAAAAUGAAAGACAAAAUAAUAUCUCAUUGUUAGUACAGUCAGCUAUCAAAACCGUGAGUUAAAGAGAUACUCCUUAUUGACUGUACCUACUUAACUUUAAAUUAAAACAUACCUACCUGUACAGAUUCUGAUGGUGCAUUAUUAAUUGAAAUAUAUAAUUAGCCAUAAAAAAGGAAAAUAAAAGAAAGUGAAGU